GCAACACAAUGCAAUAAUGGAGUUCCGAUUCGUGAACGAACACGACCCCGUUGCGCUGCGUCGACGUCGCCUACAAGCGCAACGCACCCAGAGAUACCGACAACGGCAAAAGGAAAAAGAAUGUAUUGAGCCCUCAAUUUAUCAGGUAGAGUCGUCUCAGACGGUCGACUCUGCCGCAGACAACUCUAUGGAACUCACUCAAAAUAGCGAGCUAGCUUUCGCUUGAUUGGCUAUGUUAUACGCAUUGAGCUCCUGAUUGGUUGACUUACGUUCAACUCGAACAUAAGAAGGUUCCUUUUCACCGCCGCGUGAGUUAGAUCAACUUAACUUCCUCUUUAUGAGUGUAUCUAGUGAAGAAAAGAGCACCACGCGUGGCUCUGGGCGACCCGCCUGGCUGCGGCUGGCCACUAUCAACAUCGCGCUUCUCAUCGUUCUCGCUCUUAUCCUUCUUGGCGUCCUCAUAUAUGGGUGCGUCCGUGCAGGCAGCUUGAAUGGCGCCUUCAUACUCUUUCAAGGUCCUUGCUCCACGUCUCAGAAGAUCAACAUAUCAGUUCACUUGCUUCUCAAUGUUUUCAGCACGCUCAUACUAGCCUCGUCCAACUUCUUUAUGCAGAUCAUUAAUGCUCCUUCGAGAGCUGACCUUGAUCGCGCCCAUGCACGCUCCGGCUGGGUCAACAUUGGAGUUCCGUCGAUGCGCAACUUUCUUUACCUCGGUCCAGCCAAGUUUGCUUGCUGGUUCGUCCUGGCUUGUAGCUCAAUCCCCAUUCACCUCUUCUUCAACUCGCUUGUCUUUCAGGUCGCCGAGGUUCGAUCUGGUUUUGGAAUGACAAUGGCAGCUGAAGAUUUCCUUGACGGCGCCAAGUACUAUGGACCUGGCGCUAGUCUUUGGAACACGGCCGUACCGACCAAUUGCAGUGAUUACCCAGGCCUGAAAAAUAAGGAUUGUUGGAGAAAAGGCCCCGGCGAAUACGCCGGCAUAGGUAGUACUUCAAGUUUCACCGUUCGCCCCGAAAUGUGGAUGAACAGAACCUCCAAAGAAAGUAUGAAUAUCUCAACAGCGGCCACCGAUGCCCAAAAGUCUUGGCACCGUCUUGAACCGGCUGAGUGCCGUUCAAAAUUCCUAUUCUGCGAUGGUGGCAUUGGGAUACAGGGCUACAAAAGCGUAGUGCUAGUGGUAAACGCCACUGAGCCUCGUAUAUCUGGUUGGAAGCGUGACGAGGUUUUCCCCAACAUGACGAGCUCAGACAACAAGUUCUGGAAUACGUUGAUUCCUGCCAAAGAAGCAAAUGCGCUUUGGUAUUACGAAUAUUGUCAGAUUGGAGCGAGUUUCGACAGCCGGAAAGGCUGCUCCAACACUUGUAAAGUUCGCUUGGGCUACGAUCUUAUGGCUACUGAAUCACCUCUUGUGGUCGAUCCUCGCGAUGAUACGAGGAGUUCCACAUGGACCUUUCCUUUCUACGGCCCAGAGUCAUUAGAAAUGCACCUCCUCGAUGCGCAAACGCGUAGCGGCUUCGACACAGAUUAUGAUAACCUCGACAUCUCUUACUGUCUAGCAGAGAGAGAAGAUCAGCACUGCAAAAUUGGAGUUUCAAAUCUGAUUCUCCUCGUCACAACUCUCUGUGUGCUUGUGAAAAUCUCUCAGUGCGCUUUCUUCCUAUUUCGAUAUGUUUUGAAGAGCACGGAAGAUCCUUUGGUGACACCAGGUGAUGCUGUCAAGUCGCUCAUAAGCCGACCAGAUCGGACGACCGUGCGCAUGUGCACGCUCGAGAUGAGAGACAUCCAGUUAACGUGGGAGAGGAUUGUAGGGGCGAAUCCUAAGCAGAAGAAGGACUAUCACCAAACUGAUGGUAUCGAGCUGCUUCACGGGAAUCUUGAGCACAGCUUCCUUGCACCCCAAGCCCGUCAAUGGCGAAGUCGUAAGAUACCGACUUUCUACGCUCUACCUGUAAGCAUAUGGGCGCGGACAUACGUCCUGUUUCUGGUCGUACUGAUAGUUUCUAUCUACUACCUUGUCAAAGCCACUGGUAGUCGAUCUGUAAUAUCAGGAGCUUUUGGAAACAGCGGCCUCAACAAUUUUGUCACUAUGGAUAAAAACUAUGGCGCAGCCGACAAAUACACUGGUGACUUCAUGCAUCUGGUAUUAGUAGCUAACAUACCGCAGCUGAUCUUAUCCGUGACAUAUCUGCAGUUCAAUAAUCUUGUAACAAGGAUAGUCAUGGCCAAGGAAUGGGCUCAGAUGAGCACCAAGUACCUCCCACUGCGCGUGACGGACCCUCAAGGGGAGCAAGUCUCGACCUAUAGACUUCAACUACCAUAUAGUUGGGGAGUGCCUUGUAUUCUCGGUAGCAUUCUUCUUCACUGGUUGGUCUCAAAUACAUGCUAUGUUUUCAUGGCGGAUGGAGGCUUCUACGGCUCUAGCACAGCCAACUCAGCUUCAUCAGCAGGCUCGCUGGACCUUUCCCAUAUCGGGUUUGUGUCCGUAGGCUACUCUACAGUGGCCGGCUUGAUCACAAUCAUUGUCUUUAUUGUGAUUCUCUGCAUUCCAUUAGUCCUUUCGCUUCGCAAACUACCAGGCGAUAUGGUGGUUGUGGGAAGCAACUCUCUGGCGUUUGCCGCAGCUUGUCACGUCCCUGCGAUCAGCUCUUCUGUUUCUGGGAUAGGAAGAAGAGAUUCUGGAACUGCGUGUGAUAUUGAAAUGAUGACAGUUGCUCGUGAUGCGAGGAAGCCGGAAUGCAGUAACCUUGUAUUAUUGGACGAUAUGAAGGUCACUCAAAGAAGGAUCAAGUGGGGUGUAUUGAAGAUGGAAGACUCUUUCUAUUGGGAGUUGGAGGGUGAGGUCGAUGUUAAUGGAAUCAAACAUCUCAGUUUCGGUACAGAGGAAGAUAGAGUAGAGCCACCUAGGCUGAGCGAGUGGUAUAUUUGACAACAGAAAUAGCAAAAGUAGUCCCAGUCCAGACA